AUGUUUCGCAAUGUGUUGUUCUGCCUUCUCGUUCCGCCCGGAGAGCCCUCCUCCCGUGGCGAUUCCGAGCACCUUGUGAGCACCAGAUCAGUGUUUCUGCCGUCUCUCGCGUUUGCCCACUCUCUCCCCACCUAUGUACACGACUUUUCACCCCGUAAAACCGUAAAACGCGAAAACUGAAGAGGGGGGCAAGUGAUCGGCGGCGGCGGCGACGCGCGGACAAACAAAAGCGGACAGCAGCCGUUGGGGAGGAGCGUGCGGCCGAAGAAUGGGCUCUCCUCUGCGCCUGUUUGCCUCCUCAUGGACCUGUCUUGGGCUGUCGGGACGGAGCAUCAGCAGAGAGGACAGUCCCUGAGAGCCGCUUGUUGAAGCAUCCGGGCGGCGGCGGAGAGCACCGGCACGGACGGAAUGAAAAGACUGUCAAAAGUGCACUCGAUUACCUAUCCUUUGACAGUUUAUGACCUCCUUUUGUUUCCCUUUUCGCUCACCCGUCCUCUCAUUUUUCAGCGCAUCCGAAUGAUCCGAAUGAGGAGGUUACUUCUCCCGUUGGUGAUUAUCGUAUCACUGUGUCUGGCACAAGAGGCGCCAUCGGAAGCCUGCACGAAAGCGUUGACGGAUUGUGAGAAUGAUUUGGAAUGUCAGAAUCGGUUAGCUCCGAUGAUGGCUGCUUGGUGAGUCCUAGUUGUGUUUUCUUAGCAUUCCGCAGUUGAAUUCUCCUUUUUCAGCACCACUGGAACCUGUCAACCACAAUGCAGAAGCGCCGUGCUCAACGUCUACCAGAACAAACUCGGUCGCGUUCUCCUCCGCACAGAUGCCACGUGCAUUCCAGGACGCGACGAACUGCGCACCUGCAACUUCCUCCCCGCCGAAUCCACCGUUCACUGCAGUCUCGGAAAGCUCGCCUGCGAGGGAGACCUCCAGUGCAACUCCAAAUUCGGAGUGUUCAUGUCGGAGUGCGAAGCGGAUGCCGCCAGAGGUAGACCCGAUCUUUCGAUCUCUCCGUCAUUGUCUAGUUGUUUUGUUGUAGGCGCGUGCAGUGAAAAGUGCAAGACUCUUCUCAACCAGACCAUCGAGACUUCCGUCGGAGCCAUCUUCGGCAACUGCACCUGCACGACGAGGGAUGAUCAGCUGUGCACCAAUUUGAAGGACAACUUGCUCGGAGUCUGUUUGAAGGUGAGAAAAGUAUGUUCUUGAUAUUGUCUUUGUCUCCGUCUCUGUUCUUUUGAAUUGUAACGGUGACUCAUUGCAAUGUGGCAACCGGUCCACCAUCAAAUGUUGAUUCAAUCGUCUCAAGUUCUUAUUAAUCCCACUUGGAACAGUAGCUGACGUCACUUGCUCUUCCAGAUCAAAUUAUUCUUCCAGAACACCCCCGGCAGCGCCACGCUGUCCCCAUCGGACAACUCGAUCACCGAUGCUCCAGGAGGAAACGACCUCGCCGACUCGGGAGCUCAUCCCUUCCACGUGUUCUCCGUCAUUUCCGUCUACUUGCUCACCGUCUUUCUCUUCUGA